GUGCUGUUUCCUUUUGAGGAAACAGGCUCAGGAGUCGGAGGAUGAAAGCAUCUCCCGGAUCACAGAGAAGGGCUGAUGUGCCCACCAGUCCUGUUAACUGUCUGCUCAGAAGUAAAUCCUUCUGUGUCCAAUGGGGCUUCUUCCCAUGUAAACGUAUGCAGUAGAAUUGCAUAUCCAAAUCAUUUCUUGUUUUAUGCAUAGCGUCCGCUUCAAAGUUUUAUGUACCUUAUAUUUCGCCCCUCUGCUUUGUUCCAGUUCCCAUUUGGCCGCCGCAUGCCCUGUGACAUCUACUGGCACGGCGUCUCGUUUCACGAAAAUGCCAUCUGCUCUGGCCAGGUCAACAAAUUCCCAGGCAUGACCGAAGUGCUCAGGAAGAUCCCGCUGAGCCGUGCCAUGCGGAUGAUGAAGGAACUCUUCCCUGACGAAUAUAACUUCUAUCCACGCUCCUGGAUCCUGCCAGAAGAGUUCCAUAUUUUUCUCGCAGAGGUCAACAUGAUGAAGGAAGCCAACCCCAGGUGGAAACCCAUCUUCAUUGUGAAGCCAGACGGUGGGUGCCAGGGGGAAGGAAUCUAUCUCAUAAAAGACCCCAGCGACAUCCAGCUGACGGGGAACCUCUCUAUACGACCUGGAGUUGUCCAGGAGUACAUGUCGAAGCCAUUUCUUAUUGACAGUUUUAAGUUUGACAUCCGCCUUUACGUCCUGCUGAAGUCUCUGGACCCGCUUGAGGUCUACAUUGCCAAAGACGGGCUCUGCCGGUUCUGCACGGAGCCCUACCAAGAGCCAACCCAUAAGAACCUCCACCAAGUCUUUAUGCAUCUGACUAACUACUCCCUAAACAUCCAGAGUGGGAACUUUGUCCACUCAGACAGCGCCGACACGGGUAGCAAACAGUCAUUUUCAAGCAUCUUGAACAGGAUGUCAUCCAACGGCAUCAACACAGACGACCUCAUUGAUGACAUCAUUUCCCUGGUCGGCAUGACUGUUAUUGCUUUGGUCCCUAACUUAAAGGUUUACUACCAGUCGGAGAUUCCUGCCGGAAAACCAGGGCCUUCCUGCUUUCAGAUUUUAGGCUUCGACAUUCUGCUGAUGAAAAAUCUGAAGCCCAUAUUGAUGGAAGUGAAUGCUAAUCCGAGUAUGAAAAUUGAAUAUGAGAAAGAGGUUUCUCCGGGGGUCGUUGAGAACAUCCGAAGCCCUGUUGAUGAGUUAAUCAAAACCUCUGUAAUCCGGGACACCCUCCGGUUAGUGGAUCCACGCAGGAAAAAGAAGACACCGACUGAAGCUUCAGGGGCUGAAUGGGAGAGGGAGAAUGAGUUGCUUGAAGCGGAAAAUCAAGAGCUGGAUGACGGCAAGACCUCAGAAGUCCCUAACAUUUGCCUGAGGGAGCUGUAUCCAAAGCAUGCACAGAAAUUUGACUAUCUGCGGCUGGUCGACCGCAUUGCAGCUUUGUUUAUCCGUUUCCUGGGCGUGAAGGGGACGACGAAAUUGGGACCGACGGGCUUCCGGAUGUUUGUCAGGAAUAGCAAUAUAAACAGCAGCGACUUCAGCAUGGCCUCCGCCGACAUCCUAUAUAUUGAUAUCACUAGGAAGCGGCAUGGCUUCUCAAGUGAGCAGCGAGAUGCAGGGAUGGACCUGCAUGCUUUUGUGGAGGCGAUUUGUUUCCUUGCACAAAAGAGGUACAAGUCCCUCCCCCUGCAUAAGCAGGUGGAGCUACUCAUUGACUUUGCGGAAUGCAACGUGGCUGCCCAGGACCAGAAACGUGCCAGCUCUGACCAGCGAAUGGCCCUGGUGACAUGCCCCCAAAACAGGCUCCACCUCCGCCCUGCCACUGACAUGCUGGUCGAUUAUAGAAGCCCCCGCCGAUGAGAGACUGAUACGGAC